GAGAGCUCACAGCGAUGGCAGGAGUCACACAAGGCCUCUGGGACCUGCUUCUGGAGUACAAGGGGUGGCUCAGGUCGCCCUUCUUCCCCGUGUUCUUCUCGCUCACGGCGUACCUCGCCUUCUGCCUGCCCUUCGUGCUGCUCGACGCCAUCGCCCCCAGGGUGGCCCUGGUGCGCCGCUUCAGGAUCCAGCAGCGCAGCCACGUGUCCUGGGCCAUGAUGUGGAACUGCCUGGCUCAGGCGCUCUACAACCACGUCGUCUUCAUCUUCCCGCUCACCGUGAUGCACUGGUACUGGCGCCCCGUCCGCUUCCCCGGCGAGGCCCCCGGGCUGCUGCGGGCGGCGGGGGAGAUGGUCGCCUGCCUCCUGCUCUUCGACUUCCAGUACUUUGUGUGGCACCUGCUCCAUCACAAGGUGCCCUGGCUGUACCGCACCUUCCACAAGGUGCACCACAAGUACACGUCCACGUUCGCCCUGACCACCGAGUACUCGGGCGCCUGGGAGACGCUGUCGCUGGGCUUCUUCGCUGCGGUGAACCCCAUGCUGCUGGGCUGCCACCCCCUGACGGAGAUGCUCUUCUUCGUGCUCAACAUCUGGCUCUCGGUGGAGGACCACUCGGGCUACGACUUCCCCUGGUCCACCCACAGGCUCGUCCCCUUCGGCCUGUACGGCGGCGCCCCGCACCACGACCUCCACCACCUCAAGUUCAAAUCCAACUACGCGCCCUACUUCACGCACUGGGACAGACUCUUUGGCACCUUGCACACCAGCUGAACUUGUGCGCCCUGGACAUUUGCGCCCAGGAUGGACUAACGCCAGCGACUGGAUUACCUUUCUUUUAUAUUAAAAGACAGAAGAAAAAUGUGCUGAACACUGUUGUCAUGAAGGAUACUAUUGUUAUUAUUUUUAUUAUUAAUGUGGUGUUGUUGUUGCUACUACUAACUUAUUGAAAAUUCCAUAUUGCAAUGAAGUCUUUAUUAAAUUUAUUAUAUUUAUUUACCAUGAAUUUGACUUGUCUAUUCCUUAUA